AAAAAUUUAAAUAAGAUUCAGCAUGUUUUUCGCUGAACACAAUGUCGCUUUGACAGUGGUAGAUCACCUAAUCCCACUUUUGAAAGAAAUAGUGCCGGAUUCUGAAAUUAUAAAAAAUGUUGAUCUUGGGAGGAAAAAGUGCACCAGCAUAAUAAAAAAUGUAGUAGCAAAAGAAGAAAAGGACAACUUGGUAAAUAAGUUAAAAGUAAACCCGUUUUCCGUAAUGAUCGACGAGAGCACAGAUAUCGGCCUCAAUAAGCAUAUGUGCAUCCUGGCCAGAUUUUACGACGAAGAAAAGGGACGAGUUAUGGUAAAGUUGUUGGAUCUACUGCCAAUAGGAGCUGAUUGCACUGCAGAUGCUCUGAACAAGACUUUUAAGGAAUUAAUUUUAUCCCUAGGAAUUCCAUUUAAUAACAUAAUUGGCAUGUGCAGCGACGGCGCAAAUGUUAUGGUCGGGAAAUGCAAUUCAUUCGCUCCCAGGUUGAUUAAUGACGUGGUCGUUGUAAAAUGUAUUUGCCUUUCGGCCGCAAUUAUUGCAAGUAAAGCUUGCUUAGCACUGCCAAGAGCACCCGAAGUUAUUUUGCGGCAAAUCGGUUCGUAUGUCUCUGGAAGUUCCAAGAGAUGUGCGCAGUUGGAAGCUGUGCAGGAAAUGUUAGGUGGAAGGAAGAAAACAAUCCUAAGAAUGUGUGCAACUAGAUGGCUGUCACAUCAUAGGUGCGUCGAAAGUGUUUUAGAAAACUGGGAAGUGCUUUUAGAAUUUUUUAAGCAAGCUGCCGCGCAAGAUAAGUUGAAAUCUACAGAAAUUAGUUCGUUUGAACUCAAUAAUGAGUGUAAUAGAGCUUAUUUACUUUUUCUUAAGUAUGUCCUCAACUAUUUUAAUACUCUAAAUGCACCUUUUCAGUCCAAAGUGCCACUAAUACAUGUUCUUCAACGGGAAUCAGAAAAAUUAUUUUUGAGUCUAGGUCAAAAUUUCAUUAAAAGUCGGAACUUAAUACUACUUGUGCUGUUAGAUCUCUACCAAA